AUGGUCUACGUGCGACAAGAAAAGCUUCCCAACCUGAAGCAGUACAAAUACUCAGGAGUCGACCAUUCCCUGCUGUCGCGAUACGUGUUGAAGCCGUUCUACACGAAUUUCGUGAUAAAAUGUUUUCCCAUGUGGAUGGCGCCGAAUCUCAUCACCCUUACCGGCUUCAGUUUUGUGGUGGUAAAUGUGUUGACGCUGUUGUGGUACACGCCGACGCUGGAUCAGGACUGUCCUCGCUGGGUGUAUGCCAGCUGGGCGCUGGGGCUCUUCUUGUAUCAGACUUUUGAUGCUGUGGAUGGGACACAAGCACGGAGAACACGCCAGAGCGGGCCAUUAGGAGAAUUAUUCGACCAUGGCGUGGACGCGUUAAACACAUCCCUCGAAGCCCUCAUUUUCGCAGCGUCGCAGAACUUUGGACUAGGUUGGAAGACGGUCAUGACACUCUUUGCAACACUUUUGACAUUCUAUGUGCAAACUUGGGACGAAUACCACACGAAGACCCUCACUCUAGGCAUAGUGUCUGGCCCAGUAGAAGGCAUUGUCAUGAUUAUUGGGAUAUUUAUAUUCACGGCGAUCAAGGGCGGCGGAAGCUUUUGGCAACAAUCGAUGUUCCGUACAGUCGGCAUUCCGCAAUAUGCGUUUAUCCCCGAGUAUGUCUAUGAGAUGCCGUUCACGGAGUGGUACAUCGUUCAAGGUGGAGUAGUGAUGGGUUUUAAUACUAUCCAAUCAUGCCUCACCGUCAUCAAAGCUCGCCGAGCCCGAGGCGAUAAAUCUCGCGGUGCCCUUCUAGGUCUCGUUCCGUUUGCGGUGACCUGGACGUUGAUCCCCGCGUACCUCUACCUCAACCCGAAUAUCCUCAACAAUCAUCUCGUUCCCUUCGUCUUCCUCGCUGGGCUUAUAAAUGCCUACUCUGUCGGUCAAAUUAUCACAGCCCAUCUCGUCAAGCUCGAUUUCCCAUACUACAACGUCUUGGUCCUGCCUCUCACAUACGCUGUGUUCGAUUCCUUAGGUCCGUUCCUAACGGAGCAUAUCGGAAUUGGCUGGCCAAGUGCUCUAGGUGAUGGUGAAUAUGAGGUUGCGUAUAUGUUCUGCAUGCUGGGCAUGGCCAUUGGCGUCUAUGGAAGCUUUGUGGUUGAUGUUAUCGUCACGAUUUGCGAUUACCUCGAUAUCUGGUGCUUGACGAUCAAGCAUCCUUACAACGAGCAGGAGGAAGCAAAGAAGUCCCUGUGA